GUCGCCGGCACCUGUACCUGUAGCCAAUCAGCGCCAGCGCUGCCGGGAACCUACCUGUCAGCAGAAUCCCCACACUGAAACCUCAACAUAAAUCAAACAGUUCCCUGGGCAGGGAAUGUCUGUGUCAGGCGAGAAUUAGAGACGAGCGGUCAGCAGAGCCUCGGUGCCGGGUGCCGAUCCAUCGUUCCAGCCUGGGAGCCUGGGAGCAGGAAGAUGUCGAAUGAACUUGAUUUCAGAUCUGUUCGGCUGCUAAAGAACGACCCAGUUAACUUCCAGAAGUUCCCCUACACUAACGAGGAUGAGGCCUGGAAGACCUACCUUGAAAACCCCCUGACGGCGGCCACGAAGGCCAUGAUGAGAGUCAACGGGGACGACGACAGCGUUGCGGCCCUGAGCUUCCUCUAUGAUUACUACAUGGGCCCCAAGGAGAAGCGGCUACUGUCCUCCAGCACUGGGGGCCGGAAUGACCAAGGCAAGAGGUACUACCAUGGCAUGGAAUAUGAGAUGGACCUCACCCCUCUUGAAAGUCCCACGCACCUCAUGAAAUUCCUGACAGAGAAUGUGUCUGGAACCCCAGAAUACCCAGAUGUGCUCAAGAAGAAUAACCUAAUGAGCGUGGAGGGGGCUGCACCCACGCCAGGCAAGGCAGCUCUCCUCCCCGCAGGCCCCAGCAAGCUGGAAACCGGCUCCGUGGACAGCUACCUGCUGCCCACCAGCGAUGUAUAUGAUAAUGGCUCCCUCACCUCCUUGUUUGAGAGCAUUCACGGGGUGCCUCCCACGCAGCGCUGGCAGCCUGACAGCACCUUCAAAGAUGACCCACAGGAGUCUCUGCUCUUCCCAGAUAUCCUGAAAACAUCCCCAGAACCCCCGGGUCCAGAGGACUAUCCCAAUCCCAAGAGUGACUUUGAGUAUACCCUGGGCUCCCCCAAAGCCAUCCACAUCAAAUCAGGCGAGUCGCCCAUGGCCUACCUCAACAAGGGCCAGUUCUACCCUGUCACCCUGCGGACGCCAGCGGGCGGCAAGGGCCUUGCCUUGUCCUCCAGCAAGGUCAAGAGCGUGGUGAUGGUGGUCUUCGACAAUGAGAAGGGCCCAGUCGAGCAGCUGCGCUUCUGGAAGCACUGGCAUUCACGGCAGCCCACUGCCAAGCAGCGGGUCAUCGACGUGGCCGACUGCAAAGAAAACUUCAACACUGUCCAGCACAUUGAGGAGGUGGCGUAUAACGCACUGUCCUUCGUGUGGAAUGUCCAUGAGGAGGCCAAGGUGUUUGUGGGCGUCAACUGCCUCAGCACAGACUUCUCCUCCCAGAAGGGGGUGAAGGGCGUCCCCCUGAACCUGCAGAUCGACACCUACGACUGUGGCUCCGGCACCGAGCGCCUGGUGCACCGCGCUGUCUGCCAGAUCAAGAUCUUCUGUGACAAGGGAGCAGAAAGGAAGAUGCGGGAUGAUGAGCGGAAGCAGUUCCGGAGGAAGGUCAAGUGCCCCGACUCCAGCAACAGUGGCAUCAAGGGCUCCCUGCUAGCCGGCUUCAGGGGCAAUGAGACCACCUACCUGCGGCCUGAGGCGGACCUGGAGACCCCGCCAGUGCUGUUCAUCCCCAACGUGCACUUCUCCAGCCUUCAGCGUCCUGGAGGGGCAGUGCUCUCAGCGGGACACGGCAGCUCCAACAGGUUGUCUCUGAAGCGCCCCUGCUCGCCCUUCGCCGAGGAGUUUGAGCCUCUGCCCUCUAAACAGGCCAAGGACGAUGAUCUGCAGAGAGUUCUGCUGUACGUGCGGAGGGAGACUGAGGAGGUAUUUGACGCCCUCAUGUUGAAGACCCCGGACCUGAAGGGGCUGAGGAGUGCGAUCUCUGAGAAGUAUGGGUUCCCUGAAGAGAACAUUUACAAAGUCUACAAGAAAUGCAAGCGAGGAAUCCUGGUCAACAUGGACAACAACAUCAUCCGGCAUUACAGCAACCAUGUCGCCUUCCUGCUGGACAUGGGGGAGCUUGACGGCAAGAUUCAGAUCAUCCUCAAGGAGCUGUGAGGCCUGCGCACCCACACCCACGGCCUCUUGACGUGGGCUUGCAGGCGGGGAGCCAGCUGGGCAGUGGCCCCGAGCCAUACACGACCUCUCCUCAGGCCCCAGUGCCGUUACUUGAACAUCUUCCCUGAAGAGGCUCUCGACCCACAGACCCACAGACAUCAAGGCCCGGAGGGGCCCUGGGAGGGGUCCUGAUCUGAAGCCCCACCUCGUGCUUGAAUCCACUCUCUGAGCUUCCGGCCAGACGACGUUGUGUCCGUUAACCAGCCCAGCGGCCUGUUUGCUCCUCCUCAGACCUUCUCCCCAGCCCAUCGCCCUCAGGCUGCCCAUUCAGGUUGGGGACGCCAGCCCUGUCUUCCCAAGCCGACUUGACCCUUGGACCCACUUUUGACUCUUCCAUCAACUUCAGACCAACGAGUGCUCACCCUUUGGUCACUGAGUUAACUGAUAAACACUUGACUUUCCAGUGCAAAUGACUUUUAAAAAGACAGUGUAGUGGACACACUCUCCACAUAGACUUAACUUCUUCAACACAGGUUGGAAAUCAGAGCUGAUCGACUAGGGCAAAGUGGCCUCUGUGUGGAACAGCCUCCAUCCCCGUUCACUGUUGUAUACAUUUCUUAUUUACAAUUUUCAUUUAUGUUAUAUAUAUAUAAGUAUAUAUUGUAUAUAUAAGCAACAUUUUAUAUUUUUCAUGGAUACAUUUUUAUCAUUUCAAAAAAUGUGUAUUUCACAUUUCUUGAAUUAUUUUUUUAGCUGUUAUUCAGUUAUGCAUUUUGUAUACGCAUGUGCUAUUUAGUAAUAAAAUUCUCCGUAUGUAUUAC